AACAAUGCUGACCUCAUCCUCCCAGUGUCCCAGUCCCACGUCAUGGAGCUGAGGCAAAGGGUGAAGUCGACCGACACCAAGAUCACUCAAGACAUUUUCGACUGGCAGAACAAGCUCCAGAUUCUGCAGGAGGAGGCCGGCGAUAUUGGGGACGCACUCAGCGUUGAUCGUAUCAUCACUGAUCUGCACGGUGUGGUCACAUUCGCGCUGCUGGACGGUGUGAUGUGGAACGAUGAGCAUGCGAACAAUAUCAAGGAGGUGAGCGGUCACAGCUUUCGGUCGGAUUGGUGAAGUGACAUAGUGGACAGUUCUUCGCGCAACUCGAUGACUACGACAAAGAUCCGAUGAAGAAGAAAUCUGAAGAGUAUGCGAAGCUACAGGACCUCUUGCAAGAUCGCGAAUUCAGCACCUGGAGCGAGUUUGGGAAGGUUCUCGUCGCAGGCAUCGAUGACCACGCCAAGCUGCUCAACCGUACACCAUCCCUGGCCGAGCUCACCACCGUCAUCUCCCGUCAGGAAGCCAAGGGGUUCUGGCCGAAGAUGUGGCAGAAGGGCAAGACCGCGCUCAGAGCCGCCGUACGUCCCGCGGUUGUCAUGAUUGGUGCGGGCUUCCUGUCCAAGACCCUCCUUGAGGGCCAGGGCAAGCUCAGUGUGGCGGAGCAACUCAGCAUGUAUACCUCUUUGGUCGACGCCAUGGUGCAGACUAGGACAUCCAUAUUCAAGGGCCUCAAGUUCGUCGCCUGGAUCUCGACCUGGCUCGCGAAGGGCCUUGGAUGGGGUCUCAGGAAGCUACUUCCUAGUCGCGCGUUGAGUUGGAUCAGCGCAGCGAAGGCUUUCGGCGAGAAAGCUGUGAACGCAGUGACCGGAUUUGCUGAGCGCCUCUGGGCACGGUGAGUACUGCAACCCAUUUCCUGCCUACUUGUCUGACGCAGACAUGUUGCAGCAUCGGCAAAGGGGUAGCCAUGGCAUUCGGUGAGUCUUGCGUUCCGCUGCUCCUUGUUGCAUUCUCAAUACAACUACCAGGCUUCAUCGUGUCCGUUAUCACUUUGUACGCAAGUGUAGAGGAGUUCAAGAAAACGAUGAAGACAGGACGCACCGUUGACAAGUGGUUUGCGGGCGCGCAGCUUGCCAUUGCCGCCCUGACUACUAUUGCAUUCUCAAUUCAGCUGGUCGCCUCCUUUAUCGGCGCUGCUGUCAAGGUCGCUGCUCUCGCUGGGACGAUCGGCAUGUGUGAGUUUGGCUUACGUCGUUCUGAGACGUUUCCCUGAUAGAAUCUCUGCAGAUCUUGCUGGUAUAGGUAUCGUGAUCGCCAUCGUGGCCUUGAUCGUCACUCUUGCACUGCGCGAAGAUCCUGUAGAGAAGAUCAUCGACAAGUACGGUCCCCAGUACGGGUUGCUGAAAUAGUCAGAAAUGUGUCCCGAAUUUCCCCUGUAUUGGUGUGUGACCGUGUAAAACAAAUGAAGAUCCCAUAUGAUAUUCAUCCCAUAAGAUAUCCGGAGUAAGCUAGAUGCGAGUUUCUGAGGCAGGCCUUGCUCAGGUGUUUACAGGCACG